CAUACACAAACCCACACGCGACCCAGGUGUUGGUCGAACGACGCGACGUCAUGAAAUGUUGUCCGCACUUCCUGGUGCUUUAAUAAAGUAAGAUCACAGCCAGGGGAACCGAUACGGACAGUAUCACGCAUCACCGGGGAGCGAGUAUGCAAAGAGAGAGAGAGAAAUGCAGCAGCAGCCGCAACUGUGUGUAAGGUAGCGGUGAAACUAGAAGGUUCCCGAGCAGCGCGCGUUGCUGGGUGCAAGCGACGGGUUUUGUAUUUCCCCGCUGUCGGCGCGAGCUGCUGCUGACGCGAUGCUGUAGCCAUGGACAGCAGAAUAAACGAGAAUCCUGCGAGAACAAUUGAUUUGGCACUUCAGGUCGCAUGUCCAUCGUCUGAAAAUGAAGAUCCGACAGUGCUGUGGAAGUUCCCUCAGGACUUUGGAGACCAGGAGGUCCUGCAGACAGUGCCUAAGUUCUGCUUCCCAUUUGACGUGGAAAGAGUGUCUCAGACUCAGGUGGGCCAGAACUUCACAUUUGUGCUCACAGACAUUGAGAGCAAGCAGAGGUUUGGUUUCUGCCGGCUGACCUCCGGCUGCAGGGUCUGCAUCUGCUUACUCAGCUAUCUCCCAUGGUUCGAGAUUUACUAUAAGCUGCUGAAUACUCUUGCAGACUACUUAUCAAAAAAACAGGAAGAUAACUUGAAUGACAUGUUGGAAACGCUGCACAACCACCCUGUGCCAAAGCCGAAUACACCAGUCAAUCUGAGUGUGCAUUCCUACUUCAUAACUCCUAAUAUAAAUGGUCUCCCCACCAUACCUGAAAGUAGAAAUUUAACGGAGUACUUUGUAGCAGUGGAUGUGAACAACAUGUUGCACCUCUACGCCAGCAUGCUUCAUGAGCGACGCAUUAUCAUUACCUCAAGCAAGCUUAGCACUUUAACUGCAUGCGUGCAGGGGUCCAGCGCCAUGCUCUUUCCCAUGCACUGGCAGCACAUCUUCAUCCCUGUUCUUCCUCCUCAUCUGCUGGACUACUGCUGUGCGCCCAUGCCGUAUCUGGUUGGAGUUCAUCUCAGCCUGUUAGAGAGAGUAAAGAGCAGAUCUCUGGAUGAUGUGGUCAUUCUGAAUGUGGACACAAACACUCUGGAAAGCCCCACAGAUGACCUGCACAACCUGCCCAGUGACGUGGUCUCUAGUCUGAAGAGUAAGCUGAAAAAGCAGUCGACUGCUACAGGCAGUGGUGUGGCUCGGGCCUUUCUGCAUGCUCAGGCUGCUCUGUUCGGCUCCUAUCGGGAUGCUCUGAGAUAUAAACCUGGAGAGCCAGUCAGCUUCUGUGAGAAGAGUUUCGUGGCACACCGCUCCAACACCAUGAGAAGUUUCCUUGAGAUGGCCGUGAACCUACAGCUUUUUAAGCAGUUCAUUGAAGGCAGACUGGCCAAAUUAAAUGCAGGAAGGGGCUUUACAGACGUCUAUGAGGAGGAGAUCACAGAGGGGGGCUUCUGUAGAAGUAAUUCAAGGUCUUAUCAACAGUGGAUUCACACCAAGAUGCGGCAGAGGGCAAAACCAGUCGUGAAAAACCUUCAGAUGGCCAAAGAUCAUGCAAAAUGGAAGAUACGUGGCAUGAAGGACAAGAUCACACAAAAGGAUGCAGAUGAAGAGGAAAGCCCGUACUGUGCAGGCUCUCCCAUUAGCACUAAGAGCCUCGCACCCAGGAGGCUUCAGAAGAGAGCGCAUCAUUCAAAAACGCCGCCAAAAAUGAGCCCCAGCUUUCCAAACAAUUACAACGACAACAUUGACGACACAGCCAGCAGUAGAUUAUCCUCUGAGGACAGCGGGGAGGUGCCAUUAUACACUGAGGACAGUGAUGACUCUGAAUUUGAGUCUGAAGUGGGUCAGACGAUGCAGAUUAAUCUGCUAGAGGAGAUUCUGGACUCUCUCAGCACGUCCCACAUAGAGCAAGGCAGACUCUCCGCAGCCAAGAGCCUGGACUUCUUCAGAUCUAUCGAAGAUCUUGACUUCGAACCCACGAAAAAUUGCAAGUCCUCGUUGGGAAAAAGCCCUGCUCAGGCUGGUUAUGAAGUGGGAAAUGGAAAACCGGCCAAAUGGAAUAUGGGUCAAGACGACAGCGCCAUCUACAGUAAGCAUCUCCCACCUUCACCGCAAUGCAAAGCCAGCUCCCGUUCCCUUCCGAUUCGCCGUCCUCUUCAGAACAGCCUACCGAAUGAGGAGUUCACAGAGCAUCCUCUAAGGAACUCUCUUACGGAGGUACCCAAAGUUCAGGUCUUGGUACCUUGUGACGCGGACGAAUCCACCAGCUCUCCCACUCUCAACGAGUCCAUGUUUAAUGCCCAGUCGAGCCCCGACAGCCAGCAUUCAGCAGCUAGCAGCCUGUCCCUGAGGAGGGUCCUUUCUACAAAGACCCCAAGGCACUACCACGACCAAACCCAGCACAGGGCAGCAGGCCCAAGCAGCGGGCAGCUCUCAGUUCUUGUACCUUGGGAGAGGGAAAGCGAGCUCCAGAGGGCAGAUUCAGAGGUAAGACGGGAGCAGACUGAGGAAAUAGGCUUGCUAGAAGAGAUUGAGUCAAUGUGUCGUAUGAGUAUAGCUUUAAACAGCAGCCUGGAACUCACGCAGGUUCAUAACAAUGCCAGCCUGGACAAAUCUUGAUAAUAUGAGACAACACUCCCAUGUAACCUCUCUUGUUUCUUAUUUACGCUGUACUCCGGCUUCACACCAGCACUCUCUUUGCAUGAAAUAUGAGUUACAAUUUAAAGGUUUUUCUUAGUUAAUGUGAAUUAUUGGUCCUCUCAUUUUUUACAUUUGAUCUGAAAGUAUACUUUUUCUUUCAAAACUGAUGUAUGUAAUGAGAAAUAUCAGUCUGGUAAAACUGUAGUGGUUUAAAAGGGAUUUAUCACAACAUUCAUGAAUCAGUUUUAUUUAUUGUAGCUGUAUCCCAAUUUGAAAGUUCAAUGCAGAUGAUUUGUACUUAAACAAGGAUAGUUUCAAAUCACUGUAAAUCUGCAAAGAUAAAUCACUGUGGAUAAGGGGCAGUCCUCUGUCUAUAUAUAUUUUUACUAAAUUCUACGAAGAGUAUAUAAAUAGUGAGCGAAUUUCAGCUUAAUAUGAUGCCUUAAAUAGUUUUAAUUUGCUUCUAUACAGUAUUUUCAGACUGUGACUGUAGGUGGCUAGCUUGCAACUGCUAUCACUAACCUUUUGCAUGGAAUACGUCUUAAAAAUAGAUAUUUAUGUAGGCCACAUGGAGAACUGGUUCUUCAUUUCCAUUAUGGGUUUUGAAUCAAUUUGCUAUAUUUUUGAAAAGUGGUAUUUUUUCAAGAAAACUCUCAAAUUUCUACUUUUAUCCAAGAUAAAGAUGUAAGUAUUUUACUCACAGCUGAGCCUGGCCCUAGUGGCAGAUGUAACAAGAGACUUAAUUAAAUCCCAACUACUUUUUCUCUCUUUUUCUUUCUUUCAACUAUCAUGUUUAAGUCAUUUAGCCUUAAAAAUGAUGGCCAUAGUACAUUGAUAUGUUUUUAGAUUUUUGCCUAUUAAGAACAUGAAAUUCUUGGGCUAUAGCUGCCCAAGAGGAAUGCCUGUUACCCGCAGAUAAAUAAAUAUAUUUUAAACCCCUUAUUAACCUUGUAACCAAGUACUACGUUCAGUGGGCCAAAACAAAGUACCUGAAUGCAAACACUUCUAGCUACGCAAGAUCGAUUUCAUGCAUUGUUGUGUUCUAAAACGUGUAAGAAUGCAACUGGUAAUGGCAAUCAUGUUUAUAAAUCAUGUUUAUAGCUAUCUGCCUCAAUAAUAACAUCCAAUUUAAUGGCAGACGUUUGAAGGUACACUAUCAGCCACUUGAUUACUGAGGUUUACUACGCCACAGUACCGAAUGAAUGUACAUAAAAUAUGUACAACGAGACCAUGCGUUUGCAAUACAUUGGCCAAGCAUUCAUUUUUUGGUCUAAUUAGCAGAACACCAUCCACCUUUCUUUUGUGUCAAGCUUGCAAUGUUACAGAUCCUCUAUUUCACUCAUUUCUCUCAUGUUUGCUGUGGCCAUCACUUUAAAAGCUAUAUUGGUGCGCCAAGCAGGAAGUGGUCAUUGGAUCCAGCACUUGUUGCCUUAGUGGCUGAGAAGUGUUUAGGCAAGUGUAGUGAUUUAGGACACGUACCAUUCUGUCAGUCACAUUUAAUGACUCACCUCACCCCUGCUGUGCAAUCUAUUGUGGUAACGAUGAGGUCAUAAAAGCAUUUGGUGUUUUUAGGACCUGUGUCUCAAAUCUGCACCUCGAUUCCAAUCAACCUUAUAAGAUCCAUGUGGCUUAUUUCCUGUCCCUUAACUAUAACAAGGUUGCUCUCAGUUUGUUGUAUUAGUUCUGAAACUACAGUAUAUACUGUAUGUUUCAGUCUUUAAAUAAAUUAUAGAGGGCCUAAAGUUGCACCCUGGUGUUAUCAAUCAACUGAUAUUUCCAAUCAAGUGUUUAUUUAGUGGUAAAUUCCAGUCAUCUUUUAAAUAAAAUUUAAAUUAGUGUUAAUAAACACUAACAAACAGUUGCAGUUUCACAAUUCACACUCAUGCAUUGUGAAGAACAUAAAAAUGAUGACAUGGAACUUCCACCAGUGACACUGGUUAUAUCACUGAUGGACUUUUUUUUUCUCUCAACAUCAAGACUUAAGGUUAAAAUGUAUAUGGAUGUAUAAAGUAUUCACCAUUUCCAGAUGACAGGUUUUCUACCAUUUUAAAUCACCUUUUAGUACUUCACUGAAAUAGUCCUUCGUGAGGUCAUAAAAACUGCAAGUUAUGAUAAUCACUCAAGAAGUAUAAAAGUACUUGUAUGAAAAUUGUCUAUAUUUCCUCAGAACUCUCAGGACUGAGUUUCAAACUUCUUUUGACUUGAUACAGCGACCUAAAAACGGUAUGUUUAUGACGCUAUGCAACCAAAGUAUGUCUGACGCAUGUGUAGAUGGACGCGUCCUUAAAUAAAUCUCGGACUGAUUGACGAAUUCAAAUGCAAAAUGAAUUGCUGUGAACUGUAUGCUAGUGAUAGGCUUAUGUUCAAUAAUAUGAAAAUAAACAAUAUUGGAUUCUAAAGCCACUUUUUGAAUUGUCUUAUCAAUGUUUUACUCAUCUGCCACAAUAAUGUAAUGCAUUUUAAUAAUCUUAAUUAUUAUAUUUUUAUAAUAUACAUAUAUCAAAUCAAAUCCCUUUAUUGUCACUCAACCAUAUACACAAGUGCAACAGUGGGUGAAAGUCUUGGGUACGGUUCCAAGCAUCAUAGCAGUGUAUAUAUAUAUAUAUAUAUAUAUAUAUAUAUAUAUAUAUAUAUAUAUAUAUAUAUAUAUAUAUAUUAUUUGUAAUUAUUCAAAUAUACAGUAUUGUGCAAAAGUUUUAGGCACUUUUUUUAGGAAAAAUGUUGCAUAGUGAGGAUGUCUUCAAAAAUAAUGACAUAAAUAGUUUUCAAUUUAUCACUUAAUGUCAUACAAAGUCCAGUAAACUUAAAAAAGCUAAAAUCAAUAUUCGGUGUGACCAUCUUUGCCUUUAAAACAGCCCCAAUUCUCCUAAGUACACCUGGACACAGUUUUUCUUGGUUGUUGGCAGAUAGGAUGUUCCAAGCUUCUGGAGAAUUCGCUGCAGUUCUUUUAUCUAUUUCGGCUGUCACAAUUGCUUCUGUCUCUUUAUGUAAUCUCAGACUGACUCGAUGUUCAGUGGGGUCUUUGUGGGGGCCAUGCCAUCUGUUGCAGGGCUCCCUGUUCUUCUAUUCUAAUCUUUUCUAUUUGCAAAAGUAAUGUUUGGGAGUCUAACAUUUAUAUUUCCUAUUGAUACACUAAAGCUGAAGAUAUAAAUAACCAUCUUAAGACAAAUGCUUUUGUGAAACAUCUUAUUUAAGACAUUUACUUUUACAUAGUACUGUAACUACCGGUAUUUGUAAUUAUUUCGACAUAUAUUAAAUUAUUGUUAUUUGAGGGGCUUUCUCCGCAAAUAUUUAUAUAUGUGAUUAAUUGCAUUUAAUUUGAUUAAUAAAUCAGAAUACCAUUCUAAAAAUGUUAAUCGAUUGACAGCCCUAAUUAAAAUAUUUAGUUUGGAUAUAUAUAUAUAUAUAUAUAUAUAUAUAUAUAUAUAUAUAUAUAUAUAUAUAUCACAGGUCAUUUUGAUUUUGCCACUGAAAUUUUAAGUCUGUAGUGGCAUUAGAUUUCCAACAUUAUUUGCUUGAUUGUACAACCAUAACAUGUCAUUCACAUCUAGCUUUAAAAAUUACCCCCAAAAAAUUAUAAUAAUAAUUUAAAACACAGAAGCUUGAAGGGUUUACUUGGUAGAACAACCUGUUUAUAGAUAUGGUUAAUAUUAAAUACCUCUUUCAAACAAUAAAGCACACAGGAUCUCAAACGUGUGAACAGAUUUUCGUAAACUCUCAUUGCGUUACUGAUAUAUUUAAAUUGUUUACUGUUGUCAUCCAUGUCCUUAAGUGUGCUUUGUAUUUUAUGUCUUUGGUAAGGACUGAAAAAAAAAGACGAAUUUUCCACACUUGCCUUGCAAAUGUAAUUUGACUCCAUAAUUUACAUAAUGCCCUGUAAUGACCUUUUUUCUUUAUUCAUUAUUAAAAAAAAACAAACAAAAAAAAACAUUUAAAAUAAUUUUAUCAGGCCUAUUUAACAGGUAUUAGGCCUAUUUAGAUUAUUCAAAUCCAGUCACAAUGCAUGUUGUAUGAUAUAAACUACCAAGUGUUUCUUAAGGAGUUACGUUAACAGUUGAACCACUUGAUAUUCACUAACUGUUUAAAUGUAGUAUAACACUACUUAAAACUUGGUAGCUACCACAUAAAUGAUUGACAGUAGAAUAAAAAUGAUAAAAAGUAUUUUGUACACUGUUAAGGAACUAAUUCUUUAAAGUGCUACUCUUAAUCUUUUUAUUUUUACUUAUUUACAUGUUUUUUUUUUUACAUAUAGUAAUGUAACUUUGUUUCAAAGUGAUUUGUUUUGCUGUCAAAUUAUUCUGUAAAUGGCCUUCUGUAGUUAAAUUACUGGACUUUCUAGAUUGUGCUUUUGAAUGUUCAAGAAACAACUCAAAAUACCUUGACAUUAUACAAAAAGUUUGCACAGCUGAUUUUGUUCAUGCUUCAUUUUCUUGAAUGUUUCCUGAUACAUACGUAUUAAACACAGUGAAGUGACCAUGUGAUCCAGUUUAGUAUGUGAUAAUUGAAGUGUAGCCUAUACAUGACUGAUUUUGAGUGGUAAAAUUAUUUUCAGAUGCUGCCGCAUGCUCUCAGUACAGUUGUAUAGUUUUCAAGUACGAAAUGGGUCAAACCAAUGUGUUAUUACAGGAACUACUGGUACCACUAUAUGCACUGUGAACUGAAAUAAAUUAUAUGUCGAUAUUGCU